ACAAGAACAACAAGCAAAACAACACACAACGCCAGCCUCAACCUAAACGUCAGCGUCAGCGUCAACGCCAGCGUCAGCGACGCCGUCAACAACAGACGCAGCAGCCGCCGCAGCAGCAGCACAGUCAGAAAAUGGGCUGUGGACAGAGCAAAAUACAUUUAUAUCCCAGGAAAUCGAAGAGUAAAGCAAAUGGCAAGAAAGGAGGACAUGCCGAUUCGGACGCGGAGACGGACGAGGAUGAAGGCCACAUUGAGGAUGCGGAGAAGGCGCAGCAACGUGAGCGCGAAAAGAAUGACGAGACCGAGGAACAAAGCAAUAAGGACAUACAGGACACCGAGGAGGACGUCGCCGUGUCGCUGCUGCGUGCCAAAAACCUGUCGCUGCUACAAAGCCAAGAAAUAUCAUCAAGCCAACAGAAUUUCUUUCGCAUGCUGGACAAGAAGAUCGACGAGGGCCCCGACUAUGACUCGGCCAGCGAGACGGAAAUUGCCUUGGAGGAGGCACGACUGAAUGCACUGGUGCAGCAUUGGGAGUCCGCUAGCCUGACCGCAUCCAUAUGCUCCUCCGCCAGCCGGUCGCUGCAGACGACGCCAAUACGUCAGGUGGUGCAGGUGCCGAUCAAGACGAGAGGCGCUGCCGGCAGCAGCGGCCCCGCUGGCCAUCUGCUGCAGCCCGCCGCGGCUUGCAGCAACACGCUGCCCACGACGGAGUAUCUACCUCAGCACGUGAUGGCAGGGCGACAGCAACAGCAACAACAUCAGGCGGCCAGUCUCUAUCAGCAGCAGCAGCAACAGCUAAUCCUCACGCAGCAGCUACUGCCGCAGCUCGAUGCCAACCUCGUCAAUACGUCCAAUGCCAAUGCAGCUGCCGCCGCGCAACUCAAUCAGCUGCAACAGCAGCAGCAACAGCAACUGGUUCUCUACCAGCAACAACAACAGCAACAACAACAGCAGCAGCAGCAGCAACAACAACAACUGGCUGCCUAUGGCGGCCACCUGCUGACGCUGCCCGCCGGCGGGAAGCCGCAAAGCGUCAGCCCCAAGCGUAUGAUGUAUGGCGCCGCACCCUCGCCGCCAAUCAGCGCCGCGCCUGUUCAGUACAUUGCCGCCAACUCGCCGCUCAUGCAGACGGGCGUGACGGGCUUCCUAAAUGGCGCCGGCGCUACAGCUGGACGCACACCCUUGCAGCUGUCCUACUACGGAGUACCGAGCACUGCCCCCCAAAGUGCCGCCCAACAAGCGGCAUCAGUUCCCAUCGCCUCCGAAACUUACGAAACACAAACCGCUCCACACAGCCAAAGCCAGCAGCAGCAACAGUUGCAGCAGCAGCAGCAGCAGCAACAACAGUUGCAGCCGCAAACGUCGCAGCUGCAACAACCGCCAAACGCAGCCGGCGCCUACUACGGCGAGGUCAUGCACACCGUGCAGCCCGCGCCACCACCAACGGAAUAUAAAUUUCCGCCGGCCAUCAGCGUGCAGAGAUUGGCGCCUCAGGUGCAGCGGCAGCUGCGCGAGACGCAGGAACUUAUAAAAGACUCGUGCCCGCAGCUGUAUGCGGCGGGCUAUGGCAGCCCAGGACCACCGAUACGCAAUCCCAACAGAAAUCCAACUAGAACUAGACCCACCCUGGAGACGCAGUUCUCGCAGGAACUCUCGUGAUAUCUAUAUAUGUAAACAGCAGGCAGAAUCGUAGCAAACCAAACACAACAUACUUAGUCAACUGCGCCAAAGAAACAAAAAAUUAAGCAAAAUUAACACACAUUAAAAAAAAAAAC